CAGGGAAUGGAGGAUCCAUUGUCUAAUGAUGACUUUAAUAUCAUGGACUUCUUGAACGAUGAAUUAUCUGCUGCGCUUGCCGACGACUUCCAAAACUCUUCUUUUCCAGAAGGGAAUCCGUCUUUCUCCAAUAUCUUUCCAAGCUGCAACUCCACUCCUGCAUUGUGUGAACCUUCAGUGAUGGAAGCUCAUCCUGUUGGUUUCGAAACACCAGCCAAACAGCACAAGACUAAUGGCUACAACUCGUCGAACAUCCACAACAUGCCAAAUUUUGGUCAAGCUUCUUCUUCUCCAAUGAUUCUCACUUUUGGGAAUCCAAAUAUGCCAGAAAUAAAUCCUCAUCAAGUGACUCUAGUAACCUUGAACCCUGAGGAUGAUGCAGUGUCUGAGGUUUUGACAUCCCAUGGUUCAUUUGCAAAACUUGAUGAGGCUGCUAAAACUACCGUCCAAACAAAAGCAAAGAAACCUGGUGGUCGUGUUAGGCCACCAUCACAAACCUAUGAUCACAUAAUAGCAGAAAGAAAGCGACGCGAGCAGCUCAGCCAGAGAUUCAUGGCUCUUUCCGCCAUAGUUCCUGGCCUCAAGAAGAUGGAUAAAAGUUCUAUUCUUGGAGAUGCCAUCGAGUACCUAAAACAUCUUCAGGAGAGAGUAAAGACACUGGAGGAGAAAGCUGCUAGGCAAACCAUGGAGUCUGUGGUGCUUGUGAAGAGAUCACAACUCUUACUUGAAGAUGAAGGAUCUUCAGAUGAGGUGGCUGGCCCGAAUGAGCAGCCACUGCCCGAAUUUGAAGCUAAAGUGUGCGACAAGAAUGUUCUUUUAAGAAUACAUUGCAAAAAUUAUAAAGGGGUGCUCAUCAAAAUUCUCUCUCAGAUAGACAAGCUCAAUCUUGCUGUAGUGAAUACUUGUGUUUCCCCAUUUGGGAAUUUUGCUCUUGACAUUACAAUUAUCGCAGAGGCGGAGAAAGAAGUCAACCUGACAACAAAAGAACUGGUCGAUACUCUUCGAUCUGUCCUCCAACAAGGCAAGCAUGCCGCUUAGUCUUAAGUAAAAGA